GACAAGAAAAAGAAAGACGCCACUCAGAAGGUUACAGAACAAAAAACCAAAGUGCCCGAAGCGACGAAGCCAAGCCUAAGCCAGCCUCCAACUGCCACCCUAGUUGGCAGCGUUCCAACACCAGCCGGCAACGGUGGUAACAAUGCCAAAAGGGCGGUGGCCACCAACGGCCAGCCACAGAACGCCGCCCGCUAUCUGCCCCGUGAGGUGCCUCCUCGAUUUCGCCAGCACGAGCACAAAGUGUUACUAAAACGUGGUCAGCCCCCUCCGCCUUCCUGUGGGCUUCUUGGAGGUGGGGUGGGGCCUCCUGGGUUGCCGGGAUCAAAUCCUGGCACUGCACAACCAUUGACGCAACCCAACUGUCCGCUGCAGCACGGCAGUACACCAGUGGACGCAAACCCUGGGGGUGCUGGUUCAAAUUAUGCAAAUUCUGCUUGGGGUUCUGGAUCAUCCAGCACUGACCUCAACCACGGCUGGGAUAAGUUAAUCGUAGACGGGUCUGAUAUGGAGGCUUGGCCUUGCAUCACAGGCAGAGACUCUGAGUCGGCUUCGGAACACGUAGACAACGAAGGUGCCUCAAACCUUGGCUCCGAGAAGAGCCUGCCACCAGGAAGUGGCGCUGCCAGGAGCUGCAAAGGAGCUGCAAACCAGUUUGCUGCUGGGAGCGGAAAGAAUGAAUGUAAAUUGGGGGCCUGGAACAUGGGCCUUGUGCCUAAACCCAGUCACGCAUCUUCCAUCUCUUCGGAGAGCAAAGACGGACUUAACAAUUGGAAAAACUUGAGCAGCCCUGAUGGAGCUGGCCUUGGGUUGACCUUGAACCCAAACAUCAACCCAUCGGCCUGGCCAGUAUUGGGCCAGGAGGGCAAUUCUGGAAAAGGGACUUUGGAGACGGAUGUUUCGAGCUCCAGUGCACAACUUAGUGCAGUAGGUCAAAGCCCUAGGGAUCAGGACGGUACUUCUGCAAGCGCCUGGACAAAACAGUCAAAAACGGAAAAUGCGGGUGUUACAUGGAACGCUUCUGUUGGAGAACAGCCUCAAGCUCUUAACACUGAUGGACCAAAUAAUGGUGACACUAACUCUUUGAACGCAAGCUCACAGAGCACCGGGAACUCUUUGCAAAACAAGGGAGUGUCAGAUACGACAGGGAAUGGGACCUGGAACAUGCCCUUGGGAAUAGGUUUGGGAAACCCCUUGGUAUUGAAUCAACCUGUGAGCACUGAAGCCUCAUCCGAAGGCAGUAUUAGAGGAACUAUGGAGGGCCGGGGAACUGGGGGAACUUGGAAUACAGUUUGGGGGUCUUCUGGAACUGAUACAAUUUCUGGACAAAAUGGUACAGGAGCUGAUGGCAAUAAUGGACGCAAUGGUGAUGAUGCAGCUAAAGCUAGCUCUGGUAUGAAACAGUUAUUGGUGAAUAGAUCAAGGACUGAAUCAUGGGACAAUAAUGGUGGAUCGUGGGACUCUGAGGCACAAGACCCCAACAAAGCAAAAAGUUGGGGGAAAGGGAACAGAACAGCAUCGGGUGGUGCUCAGGGUUUGUGGGGUCAACAGCCAGGGACUGAUAAUCGCUCAGAAGGGGAAUGGGGUGGCCCUCCUAAUGAACAGAACUGUGGCACAGGCGGAUGGGACAAUCACAGGGUAAAUCCCCUCCCAGAAAACCAAGGAGAGAACUCCCAAAAUUCCAACUGGGCAAAGGCCUCUAGUUCCACUGGGAGUGACUCUGGUAGCCGAAGCAACAACAAAAGGGGAAGCUCUGAAAACCACCCAGGAGGACGGCGCUUAAACAAGACUGAUCCUCUUGAUCAAGAGGAGGUAUUGCAAUCUGUAAUAAGCAGGGCUGAUCUGGACCCUAGAGUGUUGUCAAACACUGGGUGGGGCCAAACUCAGAUAAAGCAGAACACAGUGUGGGAUGUUCAGGAGUCGCCCAGGAAUGAGAGGCGCACUGAUAGAGGAACAGAAGGGUGGGAGAGCACCACCACUCAGAGCACUAACUCAGGGGGCUGGGGCGAAGGGCCCAGUCAAAGCAGUCACUGCACCUCUGGGUGGGGAGAUGCUCCGCAGUCUUCAAACGUGGAGUCUAAGAGUCCAAGUGGAUGGGUGGACCCAAAGAACAGUCAAGGUUGGGGAGGUGGAACACCAGAAGAGAAGGCACCAUCAUGGAAUGAUGGGCCUAGAAUCAAGGAACCUGGUUGGGGUGCAAGGCAGCAACCAACUCCAGGUUGGUCUCCCAAUAAUGGUUGGGGUGAUGGAAGUGGGCAACCAACUGAACAACCAAAAGCGGGUGGCUGGGACAGUUCGAACUCGAGGUGGGGCGAUAGUGGGCGUGGUGAUGGAGGAUCUUGGGGAAGUGGCAGUAAUUCUAAUUCAAACCAGAGAAGUGGGUGGGAGGACCCCACAAGACACCAGGGAUGGGGUGAGCCAUCAAAAACAGCCACUCCUAAUUGGACUAAGCAACAAGAUGUCUCUGGCUCUUGGGGCACUACAUCUGCUGGUAGCCGGCAAUCAGGACCUGGCUGGGGCUCAACACCCGUGCCACCUGCACCCAUCCCAAUUGUGCCAAAGGAGGAAGAACCUACAGGAUGGGAAGAGCCUUCACCGCAGUCCAUCUCCCGAAAGAUGGAGAUAGAUGAUGGCACCUCAGCCUGGGGAGAUCCCAACAGCUACAACUAUAAGAAUGUGAAUCUGUGGGACAAGAACUCCCAAAGUGAGAGCUCUGGAAGUGGGCCGAUGCCACGGGAGCCAAAUACAUCCAAUGCGGUUCCAGGACGAGGUUCCACAUCAAGUUCUGGUUCAAAAUCUAUGCAGGAUGGGUGGGGUGGUGGUGAUCGACCUGCUGUGGCAAAUACCCGCCCCCCAAGCUGGGAGGAAGAAGAUGAUGGUUCAAUUGGCCUGUGGAACAGUGCUGGAACUCAGGAGAGUAGUUCACCCUACAACUCAUCUAACUGGACCUCAGGCGGGAAGAAAAUUCACAAGGGCUCCAUGAAAGGUGGGAACAAUGACACAUGGAUAAACCCUCUCACUACGCAAUUUUCCAAAAUGGGAUUACUGAGGGAGUCUUCCGAAGAUGGUGUUAGUAACAAGAUGGACUUAACUGUUGGUGGUCUACCAGACAAAAAGCUGGAAUCUGACAAACGGGGAAUGAACAUGGAUUACAAUGGAAUAAUGAGGAAGGACCGAUCAGGAUUCCGGCCACCAAAUUCCAAAGACUCGCCCACCACAGACAGUGGACCCUACUUUGAGAAAAAUGGCAAUCAUGGUUUAUUUGGCGGUAGCACAGCACAAUCCAGGGGUGUGCAUACACCUCAAGUGCAACCCAUGAAUUCAUCCCAGCCUAACCUUCGGGCUCAAGUGCCUCCGCAAUUCCUGCCCCCUCCUCAGGUUCCUGCCUCCAUGUUGAAGCAUGCCACUCCGAAUGGCGCCCUGAACCCAGCCCUUUUUAGCCUUGGUCCUCAACUAUCCCCUCAGCAAAUAGCUAUGCUCAGUCAACUUCCUCAACUCCCACAGCUCCAGUUGGCCUACCAGCUCUUGAUUCAGCAACAGCAGCAGCAAGUGCUGCAGAACCAACGGAAGCUCUCUGCCGCUGUCCGACAACAGCAAGAGCAGCAACUUGCCCGUAUUGUAAACGCUCUGCAGCAGCAGCAGCAACAGCACCGACACAACAGCACCCCUGGGAUGAAACACUCACCAUCGCAUCCCGGCAUACCCAAGCAGCACCUGGAUAAUGUUGUGCCUAAUUCUCUUCCCUCUGGCCUUCCAGACUUCCAGACCAAAGGACAGCUUCAGCCAGGUUACCCAAUGGGCCUGGGUUCAAACAUGAACGUAAACCAGUUAGACGUCAACAGUAUUGUAGGAAUGAAGGAACCUCAGUCCCAGCAAUCUCGACUGAAGCAGUGGACAACCAUGGAGGGUCUCUCCCCUGCCACUCCGCCGCCAGAUCACAACCCCCUCAAAAACGGUGCUAUUUCUAGCAGCAUGGCACCACCGAAGUCUCGAGAUAGUCUGCCCUAUUAUGAAAUGAUAGCAGGCGACUCCUUGGCCAGCCAUUCAGGUCCUGCGAGUGACAAUUGGUCCACCCCUAAGCUCUCGAAUGGUUCCAGCAGCUCGAGUUGGCCUCCAGAGUUCCGCCCUGGGGAACCAUGGAAGGGUUUUCAAAACAUUGACCCUGAAUCAGAUCCCUAUGCGACCCCAGCGAGCAUGAUAAACAGCUCUGCAGCACCCCCAUCCCCGGACUCAGAACACCAACUUCUCAGGGACAGGAGCACAGGGUCCAGUUCCUCCCUGAACACCUCGCUGCCUUCACCCGGUGCCUGGUCCUAUAGUGCCUCAAACAGCUCCUACAGCACCGUACAGAGCACUUCAGCCAAGUUCAAUGACUUCAAGUCGACGUGGUCUCCAGAUCCAAUUGGGCAUCCCAGGAUGUGGAAGAAUCAGAUGUCAUCUAAAAACACUAACCCGCCAACCCGGCCGCCACCAGGACUGACCAAUCAGAAGGCCCCAUCAUCUCUGUGGGGCAGCGGAGCGCCCCGAUUCAGCAGAGGGUGGGGCGUACAGGAAUCACGAUAUGCCCUAAGUUCCAACUGGGGUGAUGGCAGUUCGGGUGGAUCUAGUCGGGUCAGCUCCUGGCUUGUUCUUCAUAAUCUCACUCCACAGAUUGAUGGCUCCACCCUGCGAACAAUCUGCAUGCAGCAUGGCCCGCUGAUAACAUUCCACCUGAACCUGACACACGGCACUGCACUGGUCCGAUACAGCACCAAGCAAGAAGCUGCCAAGGCCCAGACUGCGCUGCACAUGUGUGUGUUGGGGAACACUACCAUCCUUGCUGAAUUUGUCAGUGAAGAGGAAGUCAACCGCUAUUUUGCACAAGGUCAGUUAUCGACACCAUCCCCAGGCUGGCAGACACUGGAGACGGGACAGAGCCAGAUGGAUCCAGUCGGGAGCAGCCUGCACUCGUUUGGCGGGCGGUCUGGCCUGGGACAGUGGAACAGUGCCGGAGGAGUGGGCAGGGGUAGCGGGAACCUGGCCGGAGCCUCGCUUUGGGCAACCCCGAGCUACACAGCAAGCUUGUGGGGAGCCCCGAAUUCAGAUGAUUCGCACCGAAUGGGCAGUCCGGCCCCCCUACUACCUGGUGACCUCCUGGGCGGAGGGGCUGAUUCAAUUUGAACUUUUAAGCUUUCAACCUUUGACCUGUGACCUCGUGAACUUUUUUGAACAGCAGCACUAAUGUGUUUUUUUUCAAACUGCAAUAAGUUUCAAAACAAGUUUAAAAAAAAGGAGAAAAAAAAGAAAAAAGUGAAACAAAUUAAGGGGGUCAUCCACAGUCUCUUUUGUGCACAUAGACACCUCCCUCCUAAUUUUCGGCUACUUUUUUUUAAUCAAAAAAAAACAAAAAAACAAAAAAAACAAAAAACAUAUCACACUUCGAAAUACUUGAAUCAUGAACGCCAACAUUAAAAAUGUGAAGUACACUUUACCAUCAAAAAAUAAAUAAGUUUUUUUUAAAACAGUAGUAUAGUUUUUCCUUACACGAUUUUUUUUCCCCCUCCGUAUUGAGAAGUUGUUGCAACAGGACAUUUACUGAAAACACAAAACAGGCUUUUAAAAAUUUUUUUUGCACUGGGCACGUUUCCGUCCUCUUGACAUGCAAUAGCGGAGACGCGACAGAACCUCACGUAUUAAAGCUAGUGAUUGACCAGGACAGAUACUGAACCUAGUGGCUACUUAUGUACAAGUUACAGGACAUUAUUAUGCACCAGUACCAGCCAUGUACCCUUACAAACACCAUAUGCACCAGCCCUUCAGGGCUGAAACAUUGUACGUAUCAACGUCAAAUUUGCGUCAUGUGGAGGGGGGGAAAUCUUAGCACAAAAUUCUCCAACUACUUCCUUACAUGUGAAGGCACAACCAGGGGUAUUACUAAAUCACACAGACCAAAAAGUGUGUCAGGUUUGCUUUCUGAUCUGUGCUGACUUUAGUUUAUCUUGGCCACAAAGGCAGCAGUGGUGUAGGGGUUUCUGUUGAACUCAGUGUUUCGCCCGCCCCCUCCUCCACGCAAGUUUGGUGGGAGGGUCGGUAGAGAAAAUUGUCCGUGGUUCCCAUUUGUGAUCACUGUCCAACAACCCUUGUCAGAAUGUUUGUACAUAAGGCUAUUGGGUGGGGGCAGGAUUGGGCUCAGCUGUGAUGCCCUCUGUGGUUAAAUAUCCUGCCAACACUUAAUGUCUAAGGCCCUGGAUGAAUAAUGACUGCUUGGAAGAGAUAGCAAAGGGCUGCCAGAACAACAGCCCAGCAAAACUGAAUGUCUUCAGGAGAGAUGAAAGAAAAAGCUACUCAACAGCAUUAAGUCCGGCUCCUGAUAAAUGAGUGGAGAGCAAUAUUUGCAUCAGAGGUGCCUCUCUUUGGUUUAAGACUUUGGGCUGAACUUGGGUUAUUGCUCCCCAGAAAUUCGCAGUCUUUACGAACAGGAUUGCUAUUCUAUCUUCCCUUCGUUGCCUCCCUCAUCCAACCAAAAGUUGUCUUAUGAAUUUCAGUUGAUAAUUAAGAUGCUCCCAGCCCUUCACUACAAUACUACUUAUUUUGCGCUCUAUUUAAGGUUUGCUUACUGUAUUUUUUCAAUAGUAAAUUGUAACACAUCCAGUUAUAGCACAGCACACCCCAAAACAUGCAGUGGUGACGAUAUUACCACACUUUACAGUGUCUCUCAUCACUGAAUUGCUGCAGCUAACUGACCUUGUGCUAUCGAUAGUUUAUCACGCGCUACUAUUUAGCAUUGCAAUAGUGUUUUUUCUUUCACAAGUGGGCAAUGUGCUGCCCUCUGAAACUGCUACACUCAAAUGACAUAAGCACUUAAAAAUAAAGUAGGCUAGAAAAUUUAGUGUAGAGGUUUUCAAGUUAAAUUUACGUGUUGCACUCAGUUCCAAAGUGUUGGGGGGACUUUCAUUGUGUACUGUAACAAGCUUUAUCAUUUUGUAAACUGGGGGUUCAUGGCGGGUCAGUCAUUUUCCCCCGUCCUCACCCCCUUGAGGUAUUCAAAACACUUAGCUAAUCCAAUGAAGGUGUUGCCGUAAUGUAAUAAAAAUAACUCCUAUGAAUAUAGUCCUCCCUCCUUUUGUAUAUGUUUUGUGUUUUUUUUUAAUUCUUUGAGGAGAAAUGUAGCUAUCCAAUUGGCUUGGCUGGCUUGAGCCUUCCUACGUUCACCUGUACUGCCUGUAAAUUGACACUUUCACAAAAUGGCUUGUAGCUGCCCACAAACUCUCACUGGCACAAGUCUGCAAAACUGGUUUACAGCCAGCUGUUUACAUCCCACAGUCUCUGGCAUCUCCACUCUUAACAAGAGCUUCUCUGUAACUGCACAGAGAUUUUGGAGUCGGAGGGAGCCCUGGGAACAACCCUGCUUACAGCUAUAAUAACCCUUGCUGCAUGUAGCUCAUUCCUUUCCCUAAAAUCGCAUAUUUUGUUUCUGUGACAUUACAGUCCAUCUGUAAUAGUGAGCCAAUCUGUGGCCAUUCUGUAUACGUGCUGAACUAAAGUAUGCAAACAUAUUUUGCUGUAAACCUUGGAUAAGGUUAUACCAGACUCUGUAGGAAUAGCUUUAACAUAUUGUUUACACCAUAUGUAAGAACAUGUCUGCAUCUGUGUGCAGAGCCAUGAUACACAUGGCAUAAAGGGGUCACAUCCAGGACUGUUCACAUACCUGGUGUGACUAUAACAUCGAACAAAAGGUCCAAUUUAAAAUGUAAAGCAAAGAUACUGAAAGUAUAUUUCUUUAAAAUGUUAAGUCAGGUGCAUGUUAUGAAAGGAUAUGUGUCUGUCUCCUGUGAAAUAUUCUUGUUGGUGACCUUAUCACUGACCUAGCCUACUUGGUGACCUUGCUGCUUGUGUGGGGUUACACUGAAAUCAAAUCACUCAGUCAGUUAAAUAGUGUGUACAAAGAUGCUGGGGACUGACGCACAUCCUUUAUAUCUGCACACACGUUUACACACACGCACAGAGUCAGGCAAUGCACACCUCAAUGGGUAGCAGACUGUUCACAGUCCUGCUACCACACAGGCUGGUACUGGGUCCCAAUUAAUAGUAGAUAAAUGCUGAACACAAAAGAGGAAGGACAGUACCUUUGUUCACUGGUCGAUCACUAUAUGAAAGAUAUAAACGUUUACGUACAAAUGUUCUUCAGAUUAAGAAGUGUGUGCUUUCUUUUCCCCUUCAUGUUUUAAACCCACUUGGGUGAAACUAGUGAGAAAAUCAUUUACUUGUUUAGGAAACUAUAUAAAAAUUGUUAAUGCUGUUCUAAGUAUUGCACCUUUUUCUGUUUAAUUUUUUAAAAAUUGUCCUCAUUGUGUUUUGCUGUAGUGUUGAAUUUUUCUUAAAGCAGUGUAGUAUGGGUACGGGAUGGGGACGAAGGUGGAAAUGGGCAGUGAGCAAUGACGUACAUUGGGAGGAAAGGGAAGGUGAUUUGACAUUCACUAGUCUUCAUCUGAUGAAGGCAUUGGGUUUUGAGCCACAUCAAUGUCAUAUCUGUUAAGUGACCAGAAGUGGCUGCAAUUACAAGUUGCUGCUUAAAUCAUAUUUCGGAUUGUAUUCAGUUAGCCAACCAGUGGGAACCCCUCGCAUUUCCCCUUUCUAUCCAGGCAUGCGGUCACCUUGCAUUUGCCAUGUCCCACCCCAACCACAUACACACUACCCACCUCCCCAGUCUCGCUCACGUGUACACACAUGUGCACACCCACCCAUACACACUUCACUCCUGUGUGCUUGGUCAUAUUCCAGCACUUUGUGGAGUUAAAUAAUCUUGAACAUUAGGGAGGUGCCCAGGUGUUUGGCCUUGUCCUGUUUACAUAACCUUUAGGGCUGUGUCGAAUUAUUGAAUAUAAUACUUUCGAAGAAUUUUGCAUUUUUAAAACGAGUUGACCAGUUUCAGAUUGAACAGACUGGUGACAGUUGAGUCUGGUGGAACAGAGAUAUACCCUAUUUUAGUGUUGAGCGCUGUAUUUGAUCCAGCCGCCCAGACCCUGUCCGAUAAGGGGAGACUGUGGACGUGGUAAUGAUAGUCACCAAAAGCUGCAAAGUAUUUUUGCUCUGCUUUUUUGACCGAGGCAGCAUUUAUAUUGACUAGUCCAAUAGGAGACGGAUUGGGAAGGGAAGCUGCUCAUUCUCCAUCGCACUUUGUUCACGUUUUGUUUGAAGAGGAUGUUCGGGGAAGCCGAGCGAUUGAAAUGAACUGUUCCGAUAAUCGAUUUUGUUUUUUUUUAAAUAUUUGAUUCCAAAUAUUGUUGGCACAGUCCCAUAAAUUAUUUUCCAAGGUAUAGAAAAGUCUGAAAUCGAAAGAAAAGUUGAACCGUUCUUCCAUCGAAACAGGAUAAAAAGACCAAAAAUAUAUGUUUCGUAUUUUUAGAUGAGGAGUAACUCUGGGAGCAUUUGACAGUGUUUUGUUUUUAAUUUAGUUUGCAAUUUUAUUUUGUUUUGCUUCUAUAAUUUUUUUCCUCCUAAAAUUUAAAGAAAGUUCUCAGGAAUUUUUAGGGGAAAAGCCAGUUCCCGAAAUGUUACUUUUUUAAAAAAAAGAGGGAAUAAAAAGCUAAUGUCCUACUUUGAUGAGAUUUAGAUUUUUCAGUCUGUUUGCUGCACGAGUUCCAAUCCUGUCUAAUAACUAGAAAUCUACUUAAAUGGUAAUACCUCAUUGCAGUCCUAUUUGGGUUACGAGCAAUAUGCUUCCACAAAACUUUAAUGCCAUGUUCUGUCUGAUCUGGCAAAAGCAAUUCCUGUUGUCCUAAGGUAGCUGGGGGGUAGGGGGAGGGUUGGUUGGAGGUGGUGUUGUAAUUGGCCUAGUGUGAAUUUAAAGGUUCUACAGUUCUUUUUUUAACAUGUCAAGGAUCCUUUGCUAACUCAGUAAUUUUGUUAAAAAACACAGCAUCCCUCUGCUUGAGUUUAAAUGUCCACUCGCGGCUGCAUGCGUCAGCUGCUUUCUUGCUCGAAUCUUCAGGCAAGCUGAUUAUGGAUCCACUCUGGAUUUGGGACCAGUCAUCUUUGGGGCAGGGCGUCCAAUGUUCUGUACACUCAUUGUACAUCCCAUCCUGACUGGUCCAUGUUGAGUUUGUGUGAGGAAAGUGGCUAAAAAGUUUUUAUUUUAAGUAUUGCUUCAUGAAAGUAAGUAGGAUGAUUCUAAAAUAAGCACAAUAUUUUUUCUUAUCUACCCCAUUCCCCUCACCAGUCUGACUUGUUCCCUCUUGACAAAGUAAUUCCUUGUGAUGUUCGCAGGGUCUGGUUGAAAGAAAUGCGAGUAUUUAUUCAAACCAUUCAGUCAACGCUUCCCAAGCAUGCAGUGUUUCAGAAAGGUGGGAAUUCAGAGAGCUCAGUGGGAGGGGCUGGUGAUUUCUUCAGACUUUUGGACCUCAAAUUCUGCUUUGCUGUUGCUGCUGCUUUAUUUACUGCCGCUGGUUAAUAUUCAGUUGCACCAAUUAAAAUGGGGCCUUCUGACUGCUGAGCAUCAGGACUUUCCACAAAUGCCAGUGAUUCUCUGACUCUUUCAUUUUGAUGGUCCAAAAAUCUUGGUUGGCAAACGAAAGAGUUGGAACCAACCUGGAAUCCAUCUCCAGCAUCUCAUACCCCUUCUUCCCUUUGAUUAUGGGAAUUGUAAAAAAAAAAAUGAUGUAAUGUGCAGUAAUUCUGUUGUUUAGUGACACUUUGCAGAGUAACAUUUAUUCAGGAUAUCACCUUACCUUCACAGAAUAGUGUCCAGGCAGUUCCCUCUCAGUGAUUUGAAUCUCCUGUUGCAAUGAUUUUAUCCACUUCAAAACAAAAUACACUUUUAAUGUCAUUAUAGAUAUCAUUAAAUAACUGGUGUAAAGGACAUUUCAAGGGGGAUUUCCUGACUUGAGUGUGGAUUUCCUUGGCAUUCUCUAGUGGAAAAUAAAUAAUUGUGCAGUAAGAUAGCCUUGAAUUAAUACGAGACUAACCAUCAGUUGUGCUUCUAGCGUGCAGGAGUGUGUUGGCGUGAGCUGCUGUUCACCUUCCCCCCGCCCCCCACUCCAACCACUCUCCCACACACACUCCCUUGUGGACUUUAUCAACUUGUGCAUGUUUGAGUUCUGCUGCUAACCACAAAGUGUUCUUGCAGACGUGUGUGCAGUACCAGUCCCAUGAGAAACAAGAUUCACAGUUCUACAAAGAAUCUUGAACAGAAAAAAAACUGCUUAAAACACACAUAUGCCAGCCCUCUAAUGCGCGCAGCCUAUAGGAGCCAGGCAGAAGUUUCUAGAGACAAAUGAAGGAAGCCUGGAAGGGCUGGAAAUCUAUACAUAAAGGAGAAAGUGUAGCAAAAAUUCAGGUGAUCCUUUGGCAACUUAAGAAAAGAGAGGUCAUUGUUUCAGAAUAGUAACUAAAAAUGUAUUAUCUCUGUCUUUCUUUCCUAUGCAAACUAAAUCCUAAAUCUGUACAUUUCCAGCCUUUUUUGUUCUCCUACUUAAGUAUACACAGGUCCUGUAAUUUCUUCAGUACUAUCCUGGUAGUUUCUGCUGCAGCCCAAUCCCAGCCUGACUCUUCCAAUUGUCUUGAAUCCCAGAUUGUUUUGUAAUGUGUAUGGGGGCGGAGGGGAAAUCUCACUGUUUUCAUCAUUUAAAUCACUCCCAUCUCUGCAUACCAUUAUACCAUGGCCCAGAACACUGGUUAUCGACAGGUAUCCUUAAAAUGGAAUGGGAGGGGUGUGUGUGUUCAAAUUGCAGAAACCUGUAGUAUUGGUUCACAAAACCUUAAGCAAUUGCCAUAUUUGUUGGAGGCUGCGGGAUGUCUGGUUGUUAGAAAAUGUGAGACAAUGAGCUUCCUGCCUUUCCCAGAUCUUUGGCUGUAGAGGAACUUCCAGAACAGACACUGCCCCUGGGAGGAAAGGGAAGAAUUUUGGGGAGUGGGGGGUGGGGGGGUUAGAAAUAUCCAAAAUGGUAACUCCAUAGUUGAGCAAAAGAAAUUUUGAAGUACAAUAAAAAUUUGGCAUGCGUCAAAGGUGCUCAGUUACAUUAAGUUAGUUGAUUUCCGGAGAAAGCAGUACCACUUUUAUUGCUUCCUUCUUUCCAUAUUUUAAAGUCAUUUUCUGCUUGGCAAAUCUUGUUAUUCUGUGAUUUCUUUUUCCAACAGGUUUGACGUGGCUUUACUUUACAGUUUCCAUCACCUUUUAUUUAAGUUGGAAUGUCCUCCCCCAUAUCCUUUCCCAAGGCCCCCCAUUUCACACUCCUCUGGUGUCCUGUCUGCCCCAACACCCUCCUGGCAUGGUCGCACAGCCUUUCAUAUCAGGGCAUUGUACCUGUCUUAAAUCGAAAACAACCCAAGUACCUGAAACCUCGAGGUUGCUGAGCACUCUUGUGCAGAUCUUUCCCUUGCAAACCUUCCAUUUCCCUGAAAGUGGUUAAUUAAAACUAAACAAAAUCUCAGAUUGGACAUUACCGAUUAAACUUCCCUGCUCUUCAAAUGAUUUCAACGCAUGUUACUGACAGACUUUAAAAUCAUUCACCUGGUAUUUGCCUUCCCAUGGAGACCCAUAGACUUUGAACUGGACCAACUUAAAAUUUAGUAUAAGUCCUUUCAAAGGGCAUUCAACACCUCAGUUCCUAGUUUUUGUCUUAUCAUCAACCAGGCAGAUUAUAUUCCCCAAAACUGCAUUUUGAUAAAGUGCAGUUUUAACAAUUUCCUGUCUGUUGUAUUUAUUGGUUGUGAAUGGUGUAGGGCCACAGCACAAGCAUCUGCAGGAGCCAAUUCUCCAUUUUAAGAGGGUAGUUUUGUUCCCUUGACGUCAAAUAGCAGUGCUGUUGGUGUAGGGAUGAGGUCCCUAAACGAAGUGAUUGUCUUGAUCUAAUCUCUUUAGAAAAGUGCUAUGAAACUGCCUUUGGAGUUAAUUAGUCAUAAUUCACCAAACCUAUUUGGAUAGGCUGUUCGGGUACCAUUGACUUGAAUGUGCAAGCAACUGGCAGAAUUUUGACCAGAGGGUGGGGGAAGGAACUAUAUUGUUACCAUCCUGGUUUGGCCCCUGAGCUGUGCCAUGCCUGAGUUGUGAAUGCAAUAUGCUGCUUUCAGUUUCAUUGCACAGUUAGAAGUAUUUCAGUUGAUGUGCGUGCACUUUUGUACUAAAGCUGUGUGUCAAUCCUAUCUAUAAGUUCAAGAUUGGUUCCUUUUGAAUGAGUGUCAGGUAGGGGAGGGGGUGGAAAAAGAGAGAAGCUUCAAGACCUCACUACGUUAGGGUAAUCAGGGUUUUGCUGGGGAUCAGAUACCACAUCUUUCUAAUGGGAACAGUGCCACAGUGCAGCCUGAUUCCUUGGUUUCCUUCUGACAUUGGCCGAUCAGAUUUGUGAAGUGUCACACUUAUUGGUAAAUUUUCAUGAUGAGAAUUUCUGCCUUUUGAACAAGUGUAUGUCUUAUUAAAAAAGAAUCAAAAGCUGUGACUGAGAGUUGAUGGUUGGUUGAUUAAAUUCUGCUAAAGAUGUAUGACCCUGAGCAUAGUGUCCCAGUAUUUCUUCUGUUAAUAGGACAGGAUAUAUCCAUUGCUUUCUUUCUUUUGGGGUGAAAAAGAAUGCAAAAAAAAUUGAGAAUUUGAUAAUAUUGUUACUGAUUUGUCCGUGGAAAGUUGUAAAGUAACAAAAAUUUCUGCUGACUGCCUUGACUAUCCUCCAGCUGCCCCUUCCCAAUAACAGAUAGCUCAGUGUCCCAGGGCCGAAUUGCCAUGCCUUCAUUGAAUCAAACUCCUAUUUAAAGUGGCAACAAUCAGCUUUGUUUUGGAAUUUUCCUUUAAGAAGACAGUAUCAUUUGUUUUAUUUGGAUUUCAUUGAUCUAACAGUGUAUUAUAUUGCACAAUAUCUUUAGUGUAUAGUAAGGUAAAGUUCUUUUUGUGUUAAGUAUUAAUGAUUUUGGUAGAGCAGAGAGGUGACUCAUACUUGUAAAGAAUUCCGUUUUAAUUGCAUGCGGCGCAUACCUUUGCUCCUUGCAAUUUCUCACUUUUCCACAUCCCUUUGUGGCAGUUUAGACUCUCAGAAUUGUAGGAUGGGUGCAUGCUAUAUUUUUGAGUUGUUGAUAUUUGUCUGUCUUUCUCUCUCUCUCUCCUGGUGAGUUGGAUCACAGCCGAGAGAAGGAAUGUCACCAAUUGCUUUUUGUAAAGUUUUUGUCUUGAGUACCUGUGAGGUUUUUUUUUAAAAGUUCGCCAGCUCAGCACCAAAUAUGGAAGGUGAGAUUCCUGGGGGCGCGUCUGUGUGUGUGUGUGUGCGUGCGUGAAGCGCUGUUUCAAUGCCGCUACUAACCCAUUUUAAUUUAGGGAGUUAACUUUGAUUAUGACUGUGUGUGCUGUUUUUACAAUGUGCUGACAAUAGCAUCGCGGGGACCUUCAGCCUCUCCAUCUGCGACUGUUUGUGCUGUUCCCAAGAUGUUGCAAUCUACUCCCAGUUCUUUGUUUUCUCUUCCCUCUGCUCCAGUGCGUCAGAUACCUUUUUUGUUUACAUGAUAGUUGGAUUGAUUUUUAGACCGGUUGAUCUGAUGAAGUCACCCUUGCCUCCUCCCCCCCAGCAUCUUGUCUCCAUGAUACCUUACCUUGCCUACAAAACAGGGUGGAUCUUGGAUAACCCAUUGUACUGUUCGGUGUUGUACUUAGAGGCAUUAAAAAUCCAUCGUGGGCGUUUGGGGUGGGGGGCGCGAGGGAGGAGGUUGAAUUACACUGUUUACACUUGCCUGAUUCAAUUGCUGUGACUCGCAGAGCGAUGUUUUUUUAUCAAUUUGCUGCACCAUGAUGAAAUUUAACAAAAUAAACACUCUUUUUGCUGGAGUUUACAGGGUAUGUAUGUUACCAUGAAACAUUCGGUGCCACGUAAACUGAGGUAAAAGACUAUCCAUGAAACUGGACUAUAUAUGACGGGGAGUUAGUUAGGCUCCCCUCUUAUUUCGGAGUGGAGGUUGCAGAGUGGUUCUUGCCUAGGAUUCCCAUCUUAGUUGGUUAUUGGUGCAGCAGCCAGUUAAGACACACAGUGCAGUAAGGAGGCAGCAUAUCGGAACUGCUCAGGAGAAGUCGAAAUGUUUUUUUUUCAGUUGCAGUCAGUUCAGAUAAGUGAUCUGUACAUAAACCUUUACAAUGUUAUCACUCAACUAGGGUAGAAUUUGGCAACUCGAGAAGGAAAAGAUUUUAAAAAACUUAUUCUGAAAGUACUGUGAAUUAUAUAUAUAUAUUAAAAAAAACUUAAAUUCUGUGGUUCCAAGGAUUUCUCUAAUUCUGUUUUUAUAAAUGAAUCCUAAUGUUAUAUAAUAAGCAAUUUAGAACAUUUGCAGAGGAUUUUGCUGAUAUGUCUUACAUUAAGCAUGUGCGUAUUUUGAUAGGUUUUGAAGAAAUAAAUAUAUAUGGAACUAGGUGUUCGGGAUAAUUGGUCUGUUUGGUAUUUGGAUAUCUGACUUCCUACCGUGCCUGCCCCCGGUACCAGUUCAGUAUUGGUGCUAUCAGAUUGUCGCUUCUUGUGUUGUUAAAUUUUGGCAUGGCAACCCUGUAGCACAUGCAGUGGGAUGUCUGGCUCCCCGCACUGGGCAGUAAUGACUUUAAAAACUGCCUCUGGCCUCAGCUAGCCUGCCAGUGCUGGGUGAGAAGUUCUCAAUUCAUUUUGAGCCAGCCCGCUCAAUGGGUUGCCAUGGGUAACUGGAUAAUCCAUCAUUAUUAUUUUGAAGGGAGUGAGGUUUGGUGGGAGGGAAAGAUGAACUUGAUGCCAUUUGCUCUUCUGUGAACACACCCACCCUGCCUGGCAGAGUGGUUGGUAGGGCUUGUCCAAAAAAAUCUCGUCAUCCGAACUAUCUUUCCUCUGGGUUGAAGGUGGGUUCUGUGGCAGUGUGUGGUUUCUGCAGGGAAUUAGGGUAUGAAAUCAGAAGGAAAGAUUUGUAUAAAUGUGUGUAUGCAUAUAUGUUUUAAUACGUAUGUGUACACACAUUUAUAUGCCUAUACACACAUAUAUAUGUAUGUAUGUAUAAAAUGCAUUGUUGUCACUAGGAUUACUUAGCGUAUUGGUGCCAAUACACUAUAGGAAAAAUAAAUCGUACUUAAGCCAAUACACUCAAUGAUGCUCUUAAUCCAUCACUUAAAAUUGCUCCCAUCGCUUGCAGCAUUGAUCCGGAAUCGGCAGUACUACAUGUCACCCCAGUAUUACACAGCUUGGGUUGUAUCCACAGACAGCAUUCUACAUUUGGAAAGGCAGAAUCUAGAAUUGUACAGCUAAUCUUUUUUCACAGUUCGAGUGGCCAAGAGUACAUUAAGGUUUACUGCAAUCCUGGUGACAACACGGUAAUCUAUAAAUAAAUUAUAACAAUAUUUGGAGGGAGUGGGGAGGGAGAGAGAGGAGACUGGCACGCAUCAAAGAAAAUGAAUGUAUUUCAUCAUUUAAAACAAAAAAAAAAUGACCUGCAAAAAUUUGUUUAAAGGGAUGCUGACUUUUUAACCACAGCAGGAGGGGAGGGGGGAAGAGAAGAAUGUCCCAUUAGUGGGAGCCAUUGCCUUUUAAUUAGAAAAAGAAAAUCUGAGAACUAUGCAUUCUGUAACCAGGAUAGGUACUUAUUAAGAGAGGAAAAACAAAAUCACUGGUUCAUUAACAAAUUGUGUUGCUCUAUGUAGUUUGUACAAAUAAGCUGGAGAGUUUCCAUUUCUUGGUCUGGCCAUAGCUGGUACUGUAUCCCCAUCGCUGGAAUAAUAAGGGUGAAUUUCUUUUAUAUAUCAGAGCAAAAUAUUAAAGUCUGUCAUUUCAUUGAAACUGAAAAACAAAAAAGUUGUUCUAAUAGGUAUAUAUAUAAAGAAUUUUGAAAUUUGCUUUUAUCCGUGGUUUGUUUUGAAGACGUGAUUGUAAUUGUGCAACACAGUUGCUUCAGUGGACUACAUAAUUUUUCUUGAGAAAAAAAGAGAAUAAACAUGUUGUGUUUGGCUGCUAAGCAUUA